AUGGAUGAUAAGAUCAUAUCAAUACAACCUGAAAUAGAAAACAUUAAUAAUGAUAAACACAUUUCAAUUAAUGCUAGAACAUCACCAACAGACUUGACAAAUCAUUCAGAAUCUUAUAAAAAUAAUGGUUCUUUAUCUAUUUUUGCUGAUUCAAAAAAAAAUUGUAUAAAAAAUGAUUCUACAACAUCAUUAAAUAAAUAUAUUUCUUCAAAAAUAACUAAUUUAAAAAAAACAACACCAAUAAAAAAUAAAAUAAAUACAACAAAUUCUAAUACUAAUUUAAAUAGUCAUAGAGAUGUAGUAGGAUUAGUUAAUCUACAUAAUAAUUCAAAAAAUCCUCUUUGUACAGAAAAUACAGAUUCAUUAAUAAAUUCUCAAACUUUAGUUUUAGAAUCUUUGUUAAAAUCAAAAACAAAUAAAUGGUCUCCAACGACAAAAUUAUAUGCUUGGAAAGUUUAUGAUACAGAUUUUAUUUGUUAUGCUGUUCUUAAUAUUCAUAAACAUGGUAAGCCAUACAUUUUUAUACAAACAGAUUAUGAAAAUGAAAAUAAUGAAAAAGGUGAAUUAGUUGUUAAUUUGUUAUUUAAUGAUAUCAAAAAAUUAGUCGAUGAAUGUGAAGAUAUUGGUAUUGUUUGUUCAAAUAUGUUUAUGAAAUUUUUAAGAAAAGUUUUUAUCACUCAAUCAUCUUUUAAAAAUAUUUACUUAGAUGAACCAGUUGCUUUUUUUUAUAUAAAUGAUGAGAACUAUAAAAAAUAUAUAAAAAAUGGUCCUUCAAUUGAAGAAGGAUUUGAAAUUAUUCAAUUACCUCCAUCAUAUGCUCAAACUAUGAUGGAUCAACUUUUAUUUUUUGGUAAAGGUGAUCUUGAAUUAGCUACAAAUAGACUAGAACAAUAUCCAAGUGUUGGAAUUAUUGAAAAAUCAACUAAUAAAAUUGCAAGUUUCUACUAUAAUGAUGGCUAUGGCUUUCUAGCUCAUCAAUUUACUUUUAAAGAUUACAGAAAACGUGGUUUUGGAACAGCUUGUGAAAUAGAAUUAUCAAGAUUAAAUAAAGAAAUGAUGGGUGUAAUACCAAUGAAGGCUGUAUCAUUAAGUAGAAAAUAUGUCUUACAAUUGACAGAAAAAUUAAAAUAUUGGAGUAGAAUUUCUAAUAAAGAUUUUUCUCAACCUGAUGUUUAUUGGACAUUUUUUUCAAAAAAUGAAAAACACAAAACAGAAAUAUUUGAUAAUUAA